GUCGGUGACUCCAGGGUCAACUUUACUAUAUUUCCAUCCUACUUGAAAGAAAAGAACUACCUCUUUUCGUAUAUUCGCAUUUUCUUGCAUCAAUAAAUACAUAAAUUUCAAUCCCUUGCCCUGUCAAGCUUCCUGACUUGUUGACCCUCAAAUUUGUUUAUUGGCAAAACAUGGUGUAGAUAUUAGAUUCCAAGCACAUUCCCGGCCCGUAGUAUAUGGGAAGCGCUACACUCCUGUGCAUCUCAAAAACAGGCAAGCGUUUCUACAUAAAUCCAAGCGCAUAUGUCAAAGGGUUUGGAGUGUGGAAAGCACAAGAUGUUGAACUCUAAUUUGAAGAAGAUGGGCUCUUCUCCUUCUUCUUCAUCCGUUGUGUUUGCAGUUUUGUUCUUGGUUUUUAACGCGCCUGUGUUGUGUCAUGGAGGCAAAACCAGUAGUUUUGUUAGGAAAGUGGAGAAAACUGUUGAUAUGCCUCUUGAUAGCGAUGUUUUCAGAGUCCCUCCCGGCUACAAUGCUCCUCAACAGGUUCAUAUAACUCAAGGAGAUCAUGUGGGCAAGGCAGUUAUAGUGUCGUGGGUCACUGCUAAUGAACCAGGUUCAAGAAAAGUAAUUUACUGGAGUGAAAAUAGCGAACAUAAGGAGGAGGCUAGCAGCAAAGUUUAUACCUAUGAAUUCUACAAUUACACGUCUGGCUACAUUCACCACUGUACCAUCAGAAACUUAGAGUUCAACACAAAAUAUUACUAUGUAGUGGGGGUUGGGCACACCGAAAGAAAAUUCUGGUUUACCACUCCUCCUGCAGUUGGUCCUGAUGUCCCAUAUACAUUUGGUCUCAUAGGGGAUCUUGGUCAGAGUUAUGAUUCAAACACAACACUUACUCACUAUGAAAAGAACCCAACAAAAGGACAAGCAGUUUUGUUUGUUGGAGACCUAUCUUAUGCCGAUAACUAUCCAAAUCAUGACAAUGUGAGAUGGGAUACAUGGGGAAGGUUUGUAGAGAGAAGUGUUGCUUAUCAACCUUGGAUAUGGACUGCAGGAAAUCAUGAGAUUGACUUUGCCCCAGAAAUUGGUGAAACUAAACCAUUUAAGCCUUUUACUCACCGCUACCAUGUCCCUUAUAGAGCAUCGCAAAGCACCACUCCUUUUUGGUACUCAAUCAAGAGGGCUUCAGCAUACAUCAUUGUCUUGUCUUCAUACUCAGCAUAUGGUAAAUACACUCCUCAAUACAAAUGGCUUGAACAGGAGCUACCAAAAGUUAAUAGGAGUGAGACACCGUGGUUGAUUGUUCUUAUGCAUUCUCCAUGGUAUAAUAGCUACAACUAUCAUUACAUGGAAGGAGAGACCAUGAGAGUAAUGUACGAGCCAUGGUUUGUUCGGUACAAAGUUGAUGCUGUGUUUGCUGGUCAUGUUCAUGCCUAUGAACGAUCUGAACGCGUAUCGAACAUUGCAUACAACAUAGUAAACGGAAAGUGCGUUCCGGUGAGAGAUCAAACUGCCCCAGUUUACAUUACCAUUGGCGAUGGAGGAAAUCUUGAAGGCUUAGCAACGAACAUGACAUAUCCGCAACCAGAGUACUCAGCAUACCGCGAGGCCAGUUUUGGUCAUGCCAUUUUCGAUAUUAAGAACAGAACCCAUGCUUACUAUGGCUGGCACCGCAAUCAAGAUGGAUAUGCUGUGGAAGCUGACACCAUGUGGUUCUACAACAGAUACUGGCAUCCGGUUGAUGAUUCAACAAAUAAUGAAUCGUGAUGACAUCGUUUUUUUGGUUUCUCUCGUUUCCAUUUCUGGGUGAUCUUUAAUCAACUUUCUGUAAUAAAAUUCUCAUAUAGAGAAGUGGACCUCUACCACAAAUCUUCCACUGGCCCUUUUGUCAGCGUCUGUGACCAAAAAAAAAAAAACUGUUUGCAGAUCAGAUCAUACAGCAAGAUACACAAAAGGUGUAAUACGUGCUUUGGAAAGCGCAUCAUAAUAAUUUAGACGUACCUUUUCG